CUCUCUCUCACCUCCUCCGUCGCAUCCUCCUCGGUGCCCGUUUCACCUUCUCCACCACCUCAGUGGCCUUUCGUCAGUCUUCAAGAUCACUAUGACCUCUGCCAGAGCUGUAAACUGUUUAUAAACCUCCUCCGAAAGGCACUCCCAUGGGCCAUGGUAGACAGACGCUGGCAGAGUGGCGAUGUUCAAAAGGAGGCCUCCUCCAGAGGAGGAGAGAAGAGUCAGAGCCAACAACAGAGAGUACAAUGAAAAGUUUCAGUAUGCGAAUAACUGUAUCAUGACAUCCAAAUACAACAUUAUCACCUUUCUGCCUGUCAACCUCUUUGAGCAGUUCCAGGAAGGGGCCAACACCUACUUCCUUUUCUUGCUCAUAUUGCAGUUGAUACCUCAGAUUUCCUCCCUGUCCUGGUUCACUACCAUCGUGCCUUUAGCUCUGGUGCUGAGCAUCACUGCAGUAAAGGAUGCCACAGAUGAUUAUUUUCGUCACAAGAGUGACAACCACGUAAAUAACCGUCAGUCUCAGGUUCUUAUCCGCGGCACGCUUCAGAAAGAAAAGUGGAUGAAUGUUCGAGUUGGUGAUAUUAUUAAACUGGAGAAUAACCAAUUUGUGGCAGCCGACCUGCUCCUGUUGUCCGGCACUGAACCUCACGGGCUCUGUUACAUUGAAACGGCUGAACUGGACGGUGAGACCAAUAUGAAGGUGCGACAGUCAGUCUCAGUGACAUCUGAACUUGGAGAUCCGAACAACUUGGCUUCAUUUGAUGGUGAGGUAGUUUGUGAGCCCCCAAACAACAAACUGGAUCGUUUCUGUGGGACUUUAUACUGGAGAGACAAGAAAUACACCCUGACCAAUCAGAACAUGCUGCUCCGAGGAUGUGUUCUGCGUAAUACUGAGGCCUGUUAUGGCCUUGUCAUCUUUGCAGGCCCAGACACCAAGCUAAUGCAGAACAGCGGUCACACCAAGUUUAAACGUACAAGCAUCGAUCGCCUGAUGAACACUCUUGUCCUCUGGAUUUUUGGGUUCCUGGUGUGUAUGGGUGUGAUCCUGGCUGUGGGUAAUGCAGUGUGGGAGAGAGAAGUGGGCUCCCUGUUUCAGAUCUACCUGCCGUGGGACCCUCCUGUGGACAGCUUUUUAUUCUCAGCCUUCCUCUCCUUCUGGUCCUAUGUCAUCAUUCUCAACACCGUGGUGCCUAUCUCUCUAUAUGUCAGUGUGGAGGUCAUCAGGUUGGGUCAUAGCUACUUUAUCAACUGGGACCAGCGGAUGUUCUGCUCCCAGUGUAACACAGCAGCUGAGGCCAGGACCACCACGCUGAACGAGGAGCUGGGCCAGGUUGAAUAUAUUUUUAGUGACAAGACUGGAACUCUUACUCAGAACAUCAUGAGCUUUAACAAGUGUUCCAUCAACGGACAGACUUAUGGUGAAGUAACAGACCCACUGGAACCUCGGCAAAAGAGAUUGGACUUCACUCCCUUCAACCCCCUUGCUGACCCAGAAUUCUGUUUCUAUGAUGACACCCUGCUGGAAUCAGUAAAAGUCGGGGACACAUACACUCAAGAGUUCUUUCGCCUGCUCUCCCUCUGUCACACAGUCAUGAGCGAGGAGAAGAAUGAGGGCGAGUUGGUGUACAAGGCUCAGUCUCCUGAUGAGGGCGCUCUAGUGACAGCAGCUCGAAACUUUGGCUUUGUUUUUCGCUCGCGGACGCCUGGGACAAUCACAACCACAGAGAUGGGACGACCGGUCACCUAUACCCUGCUGGCCAUCCUGGACUUCAACAACAUACGCAAAAGAAUGUCUGUUAUAGUACGUAAUCCAGAGGGCAGGAUUCGUCUGUACUGUAAAGGAGCUGAUACUGUUCUUUUGGAGAGACUCCACCAUUCCAACCAGGAACUGAUGAACAUCACCUCAGACCACCUCAACGAGUAUGCCGCAGAUGGGCUGAGGACCCUGGCUCUGGCCUACAGGGACCUAUCGGAGGAUGAGUGGGAGGCGUGGUCAGAGAGCCAUCGCUGCGCUGACAAGGCCACUCACUGCAGGGAGGACCGACUGGCAGCCGUUUAUGAAACAGUAGAACAAGACAUGAUGCUUCUGGGUGCCACAGCCAUAGAGGACAAGCUGCAGGAGGGUGUCCCAGAGACCAUUGCUGUCCUGUCUCUGGCCAACAUUAAGAUCUGGGUUCUCACUGGAGACAAGCAGGAGACGGCAGUCAAUAUCGGCUACUCCUGUAAGAUGCUGACAGACGACAUGACCGAGGUGUUCAUCGUCAGUGGACACACUGUCCAAAGUGUACGGCAAGAACUCAGACACGCAAGGGGAAGGAUGAUUGAGCUCUCUCAGGCCAGAGAUGGACGGAAAGAGGAGGGGAUGGAGGGAUGGGGGGAGGCCUGUUUCACCACUAAUGGGCUUAGGGGAGAACAAUCUGGAAACGACACAAGAGAAGGAGGGAAGCAGCUGCCGUGUCCUCCUCUUUCCAACCUCAUGGACAGCAUCUCUGGAGACUUUGCUCUUGUUAUCAACGGUCACAGUCUGGCCCAUGCUCUGGAAGCAGACAUGGAAACAGAAUUUGUGUCAACAGCAUGCGCAUGCAAAGCUGUGAUCUGCUGCAGAGUCACUCCGCUGCAAAAAGCUCAGGUGGUGGAGCUCAUCAAGAAACACAAGAAGGCUGUCACACUGGCCAUAGGAGACGGCGCAAAUGACAUUAGCAUGAUUAAAAGUGCUCAUAUUGGAGUUGGUAUCUCAGGUCAGGAGGGAAUCCAAGCCGUGCUGGCCAGUGACUACUCCUUCUCCCAGUUCCGCUUCCUACAGCGCCUUCUGCUGGUCCACGGCCGCUGGUCCUACCUGCGCAUGUGCCGGUUCCUCUGCUACUUUUUCUACAAGAACUUUGCCUUCACCAUGGUGCACUUCUGGUUCGGCUUCUUCUGUGGCUUCUCUGCACAGACAGUCUAUGAUCAGUACUUCAUCACACUCUACAAUAUCGUCUACACCUCCCUGCCUGUGCUGGCCAUGGGGAUUUUUGACCAGGAUGUUCCAGACCACAGGAGUCUGGAGUAUCCUAAGUUGUAUGAGCCAGGCCAACUCAACCUGCUGUUCAACAAGAGAGAAUUCUUCAUUUGUAUCACCCAGGGCAUUUACACAUCAGUGGUGCUCUUCUUUGUCCCCUAUGUCGUCCUGUCCUCUGCCACACAGAGCACUGGACAGCCCCUCGCUGAUUAUCAGACCUUUGCUGUCACCACAGCGACAGCCCUGGUCAUUGUCGUCAGUGUACAGAUCGCUCUUGACACAGGGUUCUGGACCGUUAUUAACCACGUGUUUGUGUGGGGCUCCCUGGGCUCCUACUUCUCCAUCAUGUUUGCGCUGCACAGUCACACUCUCUUCAGGCUCUUUCCCAAACAGUUCCACUUCGUAGGCAGUGCCCAGAGCACAUUAUUGCAGCCAGUUGUGUGGUUGACAAUUGCACUGGCAACAGCAAUAUGCAUAGUUCCAGUUUUGGCGUUCCGCUUCCUCAAGUUGGACCUCAAACCACAGCUGUCAGACACAGUGCGUUAUACCCAGCUGGUGCGACAGAAAAAAAGGAAGCAAGUUGGUUGCAGUGAUGGUGUGUGGAGCGGUGUGGGCAGUGUGUCAGAGGGCCGUCUGGGUGCUCGAGGUGGUUCCAGGAGGUCCGGCUAUGCCUUUGCCCACCAGGAGGGUUUUGGGGAGCUGAUCACCUCAGGGAAGAACAUGCGACUCUCCUCUCUGGCUCUGGCCUCCUUUGCCUCAAAGCACAGCUCCAGCUGGAUCGACACACUCCGCCGAAAGAAACACACUAACACUCCUCCCGCCAUCUCGGGAGAGUGUAGCCCAUCUCCCAGUUGUGUUUCUGGAUCAGUUCCACCGCUUUCACAUUCAUCUUCUGUCCUGGGUGGGUCACAAGACACACCCAUCGAGGAGGAAACAAGCACAGCAUCAGGCCAAAAUACAGAGAUGGUUCCUGCGCAAACCACACACACACUGCUAGCUGUAGCACCGGCGUCAGAAACAGCUACACCGCAGGAGCCAAGCUCAACAUCCAAAGGGAUUGUUUUUAGCCCCACAACAGUGAAAAGUCAAGCGGGAGAGUCAUCUGGAGGAUGGACAUUCAGUCUGGGGACUGUGCAGGAAGCUCUCUUUAAGUGGAGGGGUAUUGGGGAGCGUGCCAGUGUGUCCACCAGCCCAGGCUCACCCUGCGUUGCCAAAGAAACCAGCCAGAUUGAGUGAAGGAACCCACUUGCUGCUGUCCACCUACUGUUUGUGCACACUCAUAGGAUGUGAGGUGUGUCUUUUGGGAACAGUAUUGAAGCAGCUCACAGGUUCACCAAUGUCAUAGCUUAUAAAUCUGCUGCCCACAGUGCAGUUUGUUCCAUUUUAUAUGUCUCAUAAUAAUAGUAAUAAUACAUUAUUAUUAUUAUUAUUAAUGUGAGACAUAUAAAAUCUGCUUCUUCAUAUCCAAAGGAGUCAGCUGAAACAAUUUGGGCAUCUGGUGAGGUUGCCCCUUGGUUGUCUCCCUAGGGAGGUCUUCCAGGCACAUCCAACUGGGAGGAGGCCCUGGGGGAAGACACGAGACAUGCUGGAGGGAUUAUAUUUCCUAGCUGGCUUGGAAACACCUCAGAAUUCCCCCGGGAUAUGUUUGAGGACUCGGCAGAGGAUAGGGAAGUGUGAGAUGAGCUGCUUGGUCUGCUGCCACUGUAACCCAGACCCGGUUAAGCAUCAGAAAAGGAAUGAUGAAUAAUAUGAACUGCAAAUGAGUGACGGUUGUGAGAGAUCACAAUAUAAUUUGGCAUUUUGUGAUUCAGUUGUUCAUAACAUAACUUAAGAACAGCAUCAGAUGUGGUAACUUCACCAAUAAAGUUUUGGAUCUGUAACAACCACACAUACACAGCCAUGUAGAAGUUUGCAUAAUCAACCAUGACUUGAGCAGCAUAAAAAGAUUUCUAGCCAAAGAACCGCAGGCAUUAUUAUUAGCUGUGAAAGUGUUUCUGUCAACAUAAUAUGUUCCAGACUGUGCUAACUAGUUCUCAGUGAGAACAGUACACUCAUUUACAAGCCACUGCAGCAGGACUCUUGCCAAAACCUCUUUUCAUACUUCUCUCUCCUCUGGGUUCCCUUUAUUUGCAUCAUAUUGAUGUGUUUUAAAAUGGCAGAGUUUAGUUGCACCGUAAGACGAGCUUGUAACGCUUUUGCUUUUACUUUAUUUGGGACUUUUUCAGAAAAGACAAGUUAAGUGGCAGUUUUGAACUCCGAGAAGCUUUGUGAAGAAUAACAAUCAAAUUGUGACCAUUUACAGUCUGUAAGGAUGUUUGUAAAAAGCUCCAUUAAACAUUCUGUCAUGAU